AUGUCUCUCAUCCCAAGAAAACUGGCUAUAAUUACCGGCUCAACACGUACUCCUCGCAUCGGUCCCCACGUCGUCAACAUAAUCAAAACCCUCCUCGAAUCCUCCACCCUCCCAAACAAACCCACCCUCACAGUCCUCGACAUCGCAGACUUCAAACUCCCAGUCUACGACGAGAUCGUUAUCCCCGCGAACGUCCCAGCCAAAGAGCAAUUCGCGUUUGAGCAUUCGAAGAAGUGGAGUGCGGCUGUGAAGCCAUUCGACGCAUACAUCCUCCUCUCCCCCGAAUACAACUCCGGUCCCCCAGGCGGCCUCAAAAACGCAAUCGACUACCUCUACCACGAAUGGAUCGGCAAACCAGUCCUCAUCAUCACAUACGGCCUUUUCGGCGGCUUGAACGCUAGUGAGAGUUUGAAAACCAUCCUUACAGGCAUGAAACUCCGCGUCGUCCCAACCCGUCCCGCGCUCGCCUUCGGCGGCGCGGAUUUCCCGGAGAUACUGGCUGAGAUGGGUCCAGCUGGGAAAGAUGGCGUGGUGGGGGAGAAGAGUCGGGAGAAGUGGAGUACGGGGGAGGUGAGGGAGAGUGUGUUGAAGGGGUACGGGGAGUUGGUUGAGUUGUUGGAGGGGAGUGUUGUGGAUGGUGCUACUGUGGCUUGA